UGCUCAUCGCUGCUCAUCCCAACUCUUCUCUUCUUCUUCCUUUACUUCAGCAACAGCAACUCGCAGAAAGAAGAACAGAAGAACAGAAGAACAGAGAAUGAUGGACCUCUGGCACACCCUCGUCUCCAUCCUCUUCAUCCUCGCCCCCGUCUUCCUCUACCACAAUGUCGCCCUCCGCUCAACCUCCGCCGAACCCCCACUGAUCAAAGGCCGACUGCCCUUCAUCGGCGUCGCGCUCAACUUUGUCUCGGAUCCGCAGCCGCUGCUCGAGAAAAUGCGCGCAAAACUCGGCUGGAUAUACACCCUCUACCUCGGUGGACGGCGCAUGACGAUUGUGUCGGACCCUGUCCUCGGUAUCAGGCAGGUCUACUCCCAGGGCAGGAUAUUCGACGCCGGCGAGUUCUUUCGAUACCUCAACAUCAAGCUUUUUAACUACACCGAGCGCAUAAACAGCAACUCGGAGUUUCAAGAAGCUCUCGUCCGUCACGUCAUCACGUACCUCUCCUCUCCGGCAAACAUCGACGCCAUCGCCAAGGACCUGCAAGCCGAGUACCGUGUCCUCGUCGACGAGAACUCCCCCUUCUGCAACGACGACUACACUCUGCAAAACGGCACCACCGUCGAUCUCUACGGCUUUGCCCGCAAGACAAUGUACGUCUCCGCCGCCUACGCCGUCUUUGGCAAAUCCUUCCCCGCAGACUCGCUCUACCGCAACUACAUCAACUUUGAAGAUUCCCUCCUGCGCUUCAUCAAGGGGUAUCCCUACGUCUUCAACCGCUCCGGCCAGGACGCUCGGAAAGCGGUGCUCGCCGACCUCGGCGACUUCUUCAUUGACCAGGAGAAAGCCUCGCGCUCGUCGCCGUUCAUCACCGGGAUCUCGGCGCUGUUUGACAAGUUUGGGUAUAUGACCCGCGAGGAUCUGUCGGGGUACUUCCUCUCGAUUGUGUUUGCGAGCAAGUCAAACAGCAUCCCGAUCGCGUUCUGGUACCUCGCCUUCAUCGUGCACGAUCCCGAGUUCAAAGCCGAGAUCAUCGAGCUGAUCAAGAAAAACUACGUCAAGGAAACCAAAGACUUUGACUGGAAAGCCCUGUACUCCGACCCGCUCCUCAACUCGGCUUUCAAAGAAACAACCCGUCUAGCAUCAAACAUCACCUCCGGCCGCGCAAUCACCCGCGACGCAAUGAUCAAAGUCGCAGACUCAAAAGACCGCACAAAGUCAAAAGAGUACUACCUCCGCAAAGGCGACAGCGUCCUCAUCCUCUCCAGUCUCACGCACUGGGACCCCGACGCGUUCCCUGACCCAAUGGCAUGGCACGCGCGCCGCUUUCUCCCCGAUUCCUCUUCCUCCAGUAAUCCUCUCGUGCCGCACGAGCACGCGGACAAGGACACCAAAGAGCCGCAGUGGAGAGCGUAUAUUCCUUGGGGCGGCGGCGGGCACAUGUGUCCUGGCCGGCACCUGGCGAUCGUGGAGGCGGUCACGCAGCUCGUUUACAUGCUGUGGUAUUUCGAUAUUGAGCCGGUGUCGAAAACUGUGCCGAAGAUGAAGGUGGGUGAGAACUACGGCGGUGGUGUGUUGAAGCCUGCGUCGGCCUACACUGUCAAGAUCAGAAGGAGAUCCGAGCCGUUAGUUUCAUAGAUGCAUUGUACACAUUACUACGUAUAGACAAGUAUAGACAAGAACAGAUCUCAUUUCAUA